GUGGGUUGAGGUCCUUUUUGGUUGCCAUGUCUUGUCUGAGAAUGGAAGCAGCUAUCUUGGGUUCUACAAUCCCACACAAAGUUCUUUUCCACCUUCGUCUUUUUGUCUCCACCCAUCUCUAGAUUCUCUCUCUCUCUCUCUCUCCAUUCCAGUUCCUGUUUUCUCAGCAGAUCCAGAAACGUUUUUCCAGUCCUAGCAACUCCCAACCCGCAAAUCACGCACAAAGGCCAUUAGCAUCGACUCAAAAGCUUUGACUUUUUUGCUUCACAGGAAUACCCAUCCACAUCGUCCCAUGAAAUGAACCCCAACCACUUCCUCACCCUCAUUCUCGCGCUAACCGCCGCUGCUCUCCUCAUCAUCCUCUCGCUUUCCGUCUGCAUUUAUCACAAAGUAUCGUCGAGACACAGAAACACCGCCGACGUCGAGACCUCGAAUCAGAAAAGCGCAGACUUGGGUCGCGAGUCGUCGUGCUCGUCGGAAGACCUGAUCACGUUCCAAGGAGGCGAGGGCCUGACGAUAUGCGACAUCUUGGAAGCCCCGGGCGAAGUGAUCGGGAAAUCGAGCUACGGCACUCUGUACAAGGCGAUGUUGCAGAGGAGCAACUCCGUGAAGCUGCUGAGGUUCCUGAGGCCGGCCUGUGCCGUGAGGAGCGACGAAUUCGGCGACGCGGUUCGCUGUUUGGGGAGAGUUAGGAGCCCUAAUUUGGUGCCCCUUUUGGGGUUUUACGGAGGUCCCAGAGGCGAGAAGCUUCUCGUUCAUCCUUUCUACAGGCGCGGGAAUUUAGCAGAUUUCGUCCGAGAUGCAAAUGUUGGGUCUCGCAAUUGGGGAGUCAUUUAUGGAAUUUCUGUUGGCUUAGCCAGAGGACUGGAUCAUCUUCAUACAGGUUCUCAAAGACCCAUGAUCCACGGAAAUCUGAAGUCCAAGAACAUACUUUUAGAUCGAAACAACCGACCAUACAUCUCCGAUUAUGGCCUCCAUAUACUCCUUGAUCCAGCAACUGGUCAACAAAUGCUCGAAAUCUCAGCAGCGGAGGGAUACAAAGCUCCUGAGCUUAUCAAAAUGAGAGAUGCUAGUGAAGAAACUGAUAUAUACAGUCUUGGGGUCAUCUUUCUUGAACUAAUUACAGGGAAAAGCCCGAUAAAUGAGAAAGCAUCCCCUGAUGAAGAAUUACAUCUCCCAAACUAUCUUAGAAGGGCAGUCCUGGAUCAUAGGAUCUCAGAACUAUACCAUCCAGACAUCCUACUCAUAGACAGCUGUGGUGAAAUCAGCGCAGUCACAGAGGAACACAUUCUCAAAUUUUUUCAACUGGCUAUGGCGUGUUGUUCUCCAUCUCCUUCUUUAAGGCCGAAUACGAGGCAAGUCCUGAAGAAACUCGAAGAAAUCGGGAAGUAGUUGUUUGAAAGAAGUCGAUCCCCCUGAACACAAAAUGUUGACGUGCCUCUGAUUGAAGCUGGAUUGGAUGUUAUCAGGAAUACUUUUUCCUGAAUCUAGCAUGCGAAUGACUCCACUUUUAAGUAGCAGUGAUGAGUUUGAAGACAUUGACAUUACUACACUUUUUAAAUGGGUAUCGCCAGGAAGCGAUUAGUGCUGAUGAACACUGAAGAAAUUGGAGAUAUCUAUCGUUGAUAGCGUGGUAAAUCGGCACAGAGGAUCGUUACCUCGGUCUGAUGUGGGUGGGAUGUCCAUGGUUAGGUGUUUCAGCGGUUCAUUUUGAGUUAUAACUGUUCUGGGAUUGGUGAUUCUUCCGCUAAUUCUGUCGUGCUUUGGCGGUGGAAGAGCUGCAGCGGGUUAUACUUUACUGUUGUGAUUACAGAUACAGGAUAUUCAGUAUGUCAUGCAUUUUCUUUUCA